CAUACGUUGCAUGCAUGCAUGUAACCAUAUCCCGUAAACCAAACCCAAAUAUGAAAGCUAUUUUCAUACUUGUUUUGCUGGCUCUCGUCUCCACAGAGGCCACAAGGCACCAUCAUCGAUCACAGCCACACGAUCAAGAUCAAGAGCUAAGGCGAACCAAUCGUGGCCGUCCAUCUUGCGAUCCAUUCUUCCGGUACCUCUUUGGAAGCUGCGGCCAAUGGCCGUUCGCCCGAUCCCCUACUAACCCUUUUGCACCGGCGCCGUCGCCCCGUCGACGCACUCCUCCGGUCCCACCACCCAUAUUUCCUCUCCCACCUCCGGCGCCGCUUCCGACGCCACCAAUUCCCACAUUCCCACCACCCAUAGUUCCAUCCCCACCACUCAUUCCACCCGUUGUCCCGUCCCCAGCGCCACCAACGGUCCCGAUUCCACCACGUGGACCUGUCGUCGUCCCGUCCCCACCAAUCAUUCCACCCGUCGUCCCGUCCCCCCCACCACUAGUUCCAUCUCCACCACCACCAUCCUCACCGCCCCCGCUACUUCCGUCACCACCACCACCACUCAUCCCAUCACCUCCACCACCAUCGCCACCGCCACCUCUUGUUCCAUCUCCCCCUCCGCCAUCAUUGCCAUUGCCUCCACCACCAUUUAUAUUUCUCCCACCGCCGCCUCUCGUACCUUCACCACCACCCCCACUAGUCAUUACACCACCAGUACUUCCUACAUUACCACCACCCACUGUAAUUCCGACAUCUCCCAUCGUACCGAUGUUUUCUCCACCACCAUCCGAUCCGUUCGAUGUUCUCCCACCACCAUCCGACCCGUUUGAUUUCCUCCCACCACCAUCUGAUCCAACAAUCCCACCCGUUAAUCCACAACCACUGCCACUUCCCCCACCAAUCGUGCCAUUACUGCCUCCACCGGCGGACAACAUCGAUGGGCCAACCCUGCCUCUGCCACCUCCAUCGAAUGAUGAUACUGAUGCGCCCGUUCUACCUCUGCCGCCACCAUCCAGCGACGAUACAGGUAGCCCGGUGCUGCCGCUGCCAUUGCCACCUCCAUCAGACGAUGAUACGGUUGGCCCCGCACUGCCAUUGCCACCUCCAUCAGGUGAUGGUAUUGUGGGGCCGACGCUGCCGAUGCCUCCUCCAUCAGAUGAUGGUACUGGUGGGCCGACGCUGCCACUGCCACCUCCAUCAGAUGAUGGUAUUGUGGGGCCGACGCUGCCACUGCCACCACCAUCAGAUGAUGAUACCGGUGGCCCUACACUGCCAUUGCUACCUCCAUCAGAUGACAGUGGCCCUGCACUGCCAUUGCCACCUCCAUCAGAUGACAGUGGCCCUGCACUGCCAUUGCCACCUCCAUCAGAUGAUGGUAUUGUCAGGCCGACGCUGCCACUGCCACCUCCAUCAGACAAUGAUAGGGAUGGCCCUGCACUACCAUUGACACCUCCAUCAGAUGAUGGUAUUGUAGGGCCGACACUGCCACUGCCACCACCAUCAGAUGAUGAUACUGGUGGCCCUACACUGCCAUUGCCGCCUCCAUCAGACGAUGAUACGGGUGGCGUUGCACUGCCAUUGCCACCUCCACCAGAUGAUGUUAUUGUUAGGCCCACACUACCUCUACCAUCCCCAAGUAAUGAUGGUAUUGUCGGGCCGACGCUGCCUCUUCCGCCUCCAUCAGAUAAUGAUAUCAACCCACCGUCGCUGCCUCUGCUACCGCCAGCAGACGAUGAUAUCAAUCAGCCAACGCCUGUUAUGCCUUCCCUUCCCUUCUCUCCUCCUUUCAAGAACUGAAAAUUUCUACCUUCUGGUAUCACUACAGCAAGUGAUACAAUGCCCUCAGUUGUAUAGGGAAAUCUCAGUCGUCCAAUGAAUUGCACCUUUGGCAUGUAACAUACUUUUGCGCAGAGACUACUCUCAUCCAAGCAGAUUCUAGUUCCUGUAUGACUGAAUGUAUUGUAUCCUUCUCAAUUUCUCUGUCCUUUGGCUAAGAAAUAAAUGAGGUUGAUGUAUGGUUCUAGAAUGGUUAAAUUACAAAGUGUAUUUUCA